AUGCUGUAUCUACCCGAUUGGUGGGUAUUUUUACUGCUGGCAAAUACCAGUAACAAAAAUGAUACCAGGAAAGUUUUCGAGAAGAUUGGUGGUUCCCACAAAGGUUUAGUCCCAGAAAAUUGUAAAUAUGAGCAUGCACUCGUAGCCGGCGAUAAGAUUUGGGUUUUUGGAAGGAGACACGAGGAUCAAAAGACAUUCAAUUGGGGUCAUUAUGUAGCAUACGUUGGAACUUACGCAAUUGCUUUUAACACAGCCGAAAACAAAUGGGAAGACGCUAAGCCUUUCCCCGCCAUAUCAAACGAAGAGAAUCUUGAUGAAAAGCUCUUCGUUCACAAUGGAACUCCCCACAUGCUGCUCUAUGCUGCAUUUGGUAGUAUUUCGCUGAAAUCUCUUUACAAAUGGAACGUGCAAAGUUUCGAUCCCAUUUCUGGCUGGAAAAAGGCCAACGUCCAUCUGGAGAUUGCUGAUAGUCAGGACGAUAACACAAAAUAUAUAGUAACUAAGAUGGGUCGAAUGAGAGUGGCCCGUUUGACUUUCGCUGGCGAUGGCGCCAAAGCUGAACAUCUUUUCGACAUACCAAUAGAUGAUAGAGAACGUAGAUUCCUGGGAAGGGCUACAUCAGCCGUUGUCACUGGCUCACGGUUGCUUGUUUUCUAUAGUGUCAGAGCUUGCGGAUUCCGAUGGACGGCUGAAAGAAUUAUUGCUUGCGAUUUGAACUCAAAGAACUGCGAAAAACUAAAUAUCAAUUCCGAUCCGAGGCCACCGUGGGUUAGUGGUGCUCGCAGUCAUGCUCUAUUGCCUUCUGGUUCCUGGAUUCAUGCCGCAGGAGGUAUUCGAAAGGGAUUGACUCGUAGUGAGUAUGAUGGCAGCGUUUGGGAGUUGAACAACCUGAGUUCAUCCCCUACAUGGAAGAAACUUGGAGUGGAAAUUCCCAGCAAUGCGGAACAGAUUGUAAUCGAUCCGGCACAUGGGACCAUUUAUAUCAUUGGGAAAACUCAAGUCGGCAAAGUGAAAUUCGCAUAAUCGUGUCUUUAGUCCACGUAUUCUCUGAAAGCACAUCCCGACUAUGUCAUUUGGAGUGAUUAUGAAUUAUGUGUGAUCAUGCGAUAUUCCAGCUCACUGGGUGAGAAUGGUUUGUAAGUCAAUAAAAUAAAUAUGCCGUAAAUCC